CUUGUAACGUCAAUGAAAUGGGAUAAAGACGGCGACAUUCUUGCGUUAACGAAUGACAAAACAACCGCUGUAACACUAUGGGAGAUUGGUACUAAAAAAACCGAACUUCUUGAUGCAAAUAUGGGCAGCAAAGAAUCACCAACGUUCAUGGCUUGGUCGCAUAAAUCACCGAUUCUGGCUGUUGGUAACAAUAAAGGAAACCUUAUGAUCUACAAUCAUCGCACUUCAAGGUUUCAUUCCCAUCAUCUACUACAAAUCCCAUCUCAUUUCUUAUCGAGUAGUCUCUUGAGUACACUUAAUGGAACCAUUUGUUGA